AUGACGGAGCCAAAUGUACCGUCCUUCUUGGACGAAUCCUUCCUGCAGCGUAUUCUAGAAAAGCAUCAAAAUGAUAAAUCAGUUCGUAUCGACCGUUUCAACAUACAGCUUGCAACUAAACCGGGCGACAACUAUAGUAGUGAUGUGUUCAGUGUUGUGAUCCAUUACAAUGACUCCAAGGAAAUCCAUCUUGUGGUGAAAGUUGUUCUGGCUGGGGCGAUGAUGAAGAAUUUUUGUGACAAUAUCGGUGCUUUCGUGAAGGAAGUAAACACUUUUCAACAUUUACUGCCCGCUUUUGGUCGGAUCGUUUCGGGUACAGACGCAGCCAAUUCGGUAAAGUUUGGCGCCCACUGUUUCCAUGCUACCCGUGACCCACUGGAUACGAUCGUGUUCGAGGAUCUGAAGGCGCUCGGUUACCGGAUGCCUGAUCGAACACGUGGCGGACUCGAGUUUGCGCAUUGUGAGUUGAUUAUGCGUAAAAUUGGACUCUUCCAUGCAGCCUCAAUGGUGUACGUGGCGUCGAUAGAAACAACCGAGAGGAAACUUUUCCUCGAACGCUACAGGUAUGGAAUGGCACUCCCGGGUGAUGAUGAACGAACCAAUCCGGCACUGGCGAUGUUUAAGAAAGGGCUGGAGAAAUUUCUGCAAGUGGCAAAAGAUUGGCCAGAACUGAAGCGUACCAUUUGGUUGAAGCUGGAUGCACUGCAAUCCGACUAUUCGCGUCGCGUUGCACGAUCGCUUUCACCUCCGGAACCUGGUGAGGAGGUUGCCUAUCGCGUCCUGAAUCAUGGUGACCUUUGGGGCAACAAUAUGAUGUUCCGGUACGAUGAUGAUGAUGAUGCGACUGUGCGUGAGGUGAUGUUUGUCGAUUACCAACUGUCCAGCUACGGUAGUCCCGGCCUCGAUCUGGUGUACUCGCUUUACAAUUGUCCUCAGUUUGAGGUGCGUGAAACGCGUAUUAAAGAUCUGCUAGAAAUUUAUCAUCGAUCGCUUUGCGAAGGUUUGCGUACCGGUGGGUACCAACCGCCCGUUCCAACGUUUGCCGAUGUCCAGAAGGAGUAUGUACGUCACGAGUUCAUUGGCAUUGUGAGCGGACUUUCGAUGUUACCGAUCAUUCUGAUGGAACACACGGAUGAUGUGAAGCUCACGCUUGAAAAUCUCAUUGAUACAGAACAUGCGGAAAGAAUCCGCGACAUACAGUACAAAGGAAAGCUGUAUCGUAAAUCGGUAAUUCCUAUCCUGGAGCGUUUAGAUGCGAAGUGUCUGUUGGAUUAA